GCGCCAGCUAUCUGGACUCCGCUCCUCUCCGGUGUAAGACGUGCCGCUCCCUCGAGACUUUGUGGCGUCGUACUUUGUGAUUUAAAAGAUUCUGAAACUCUGUUACCGGCCGAAAGAAAAAGUUAUCAAAAGCGGAUUAGUGAAAAAAAAAAACGUGAUUGGCAGUGUUGCAAAUCUCGUGUGACAGUUUAGUGAGAGUUAAUUGCUUGUUUCCAAGAUGUCGGCGUCACUUAUUAUCAGCAACAGAAGGCUGUGCACAGUGGUGAUGGGGUGCGUCCUCCUGGCCAUCACAUCGCCCAUCGAGGCCAUCCCCACGGUCUUCAACAACGAUGUCUACCUCAAUCCCGUUCCGACAGCGGCGCAGCAGGAUUGGCCUCUCGAUCUGGUGAGAAACAUGAGCCAGACAACAGACCUAAGGGAGUUUAUCAUGAAAUUUGUUGAGGACGAGAGAAUCUGCACGUCAAAAACCAUCUAUGAACUGAUUGUCGGAAAGAACACCUCGGACAUCUCCGGUCACUUGUGGUGGAACAAGCGGUGCGGAGGCAACCGCGGCGGCAUCAAGACGGUCUCUCCGCUCUCCGAAAGUACGUUGAUCAGAUACCGUCGCAAAAGUUCAAAUCGUAGAAGUACCUCGCAGUCCCCUGACAUGUCUGCAAGUGAACGCAAGAAACUCGACAAACUGAUACAGAACAAGAACGUGAAGUGCAAGCCCAAGAAGGCCGUGGUGGAGCUCCCCAACGAUGAGAAGCCGUUGGUGAUACUGAAGCCGUCGUGCGUGUACAUCAGGCAGUGCGGAGGCUGCUGUGACUCGCCGCUGCUGGAGUGUCUCCCCGAGUUAGUCAAGGAGCGCAAGUUCAAGGUCCUCGCCUUCGAGAAGAAAUUUAACAACAAGGUACAAUUCCAAAGCAAUCAGACUCUCAAGACAGUCAGGGUUCAGGAACACAAGAGAUGCAACUGCCUGUGUAAGGAGCGCGCAGAACACUGUACAGAACAUCAAGUGUACGAUGAAGGUGCCUGUAGGUGCACCUGUCCUGCAGAUGUUAGCAAGUCCUGUUCAAAUGGAAAGAUUUGGGACGAGAAGAAGUGUGCGUGCGUGUGUAGCGACGUUUCCGAUUGCACUACUGGCAGAUACUUCGACAACAGCACCUGCAGGUGCGAGGAUCCCCAGUAUAAAGAUGUUUACAUCUCAUAACCUCUGAGUGUGAGACACCACGACUCCUCACAAACCUUUACGUUGCUCCACUGACCGUGUCGCUUCCCAUCCUUCUGUCAGUGUUGCUCUCUGCUCGUCUGAAACGACCCGAUGACCUGGUCGCCAGCUCUCGUGGGCCAGGUCACGUUUCAAGGCUGGUGUUGGCUGACUUUAACCCUUCAAAGCACUCGUGACCUUAGGGUUGUCCCUGUGGAUUAACUUUGGCACCUUUGUUCGACCUUGGUUUUCUUACUAAUCUACAUGGAACUUUUUUUUAGAAAAAUCAUUAACAUCAAUAACUACUCUGUGACAUAGUCCUAACUUUCAACAUUCUAGCCUACUUACAAGUUCGCCUAUUUUUCUCCGAUUCUGACAUUCCAGUCGAUAAAGACGUCAGGUAGUAUCCUUAGUCACCUAAUUUAAUAAUCAUCUCUGUCCCUGUGUACCAUGAAGUCAGUCCAUCGAAGAUCAAUGUUAAUGUCAACUAUGUAAACCAAAAAUGUCACUUGUGGAGAUUUGACGCACAAACGGAUCACGGGCGACACGGAAUGCUCAUAUGCCCUGCUGUGCUCCCUGUGUAGUGUCAGGCUCCCUGUCGUCCUCCCCAGCAUGGCUUCCUGUAGCCCAGGAUGCGCCCUGGUGCUUACGUGUUGACCCAACCAUGUCCUUGUCCCCUUUCCAGAUGUCUGAGGACUUGACUCGCAUUCCAGACCGCCUUGUGGCUGAGUGUCCCGGCCCCCACCCCCCCACACAAGCCAAAGGUCUCGGCCCAGCUGGACUAGGAGCUGAGCACUGAAUUUUGAUCCAUUUAAGAAAUUAUCAGCAGUCUAGAAUAAGGUAUAUCUUGCAAGCAAGAGAAACGAAGAAAAAAUAAAAGCUUCAUCAAGUGAUAUACCACACAUAGCACUACAUGUAAAGAUUGUAUAGCCCCGUAUGGAUUACAAUUUACAAAAUCCAUAUUCCUUUUUACUGUGAUUAUUUAGUCAUUAGUUUAAUUUAAGUGUUAACUUGUCCAAGCGACGAGCCGGAUGUCUGUUUCUUAAGAGAAGUUAUAUUUCCUUUCAUUCUCCUGCCGAUCUCGGGUGUUUUUUCUCAGAAGACCAAUAUCCGCGCGUUGCAUCCCUAUGGCACGCGCUGGGCCUGUUCUUUCCAUCGAUAUUGUAAACAUUACGAACUGUCCUUUUGUUCCCCAUUGAUUUGACCUGAUUUUCUUUCAUGGAUUUAUAGGGAGGUAUUUGUAUUUAAUCUAUAUUUAUUUUAAUGUAUUAUAUUUUUAUAUCAAAUCAUUACAUGUGUAGGAAGUGUAACCUUGUGAGGUAGAGAGAGAGAGAGAGAGAUAAAUAUGAAUACGAGAAGAGUGAACGUGCGAAGUUGUACCAGGAGAGGCGGUAAUGGCCUCUCGCUAGUCACUGUGGUACAAUAUUUAUAAUUCCUUAUUGUAUACCGUUUAGUGUCAUUUAUUAUUGGAAUAAAAGGUUUGUUACAAUGAA